AUGUACACAAACAGGAAAGAAUAUUACAGGUCACUGGUGGUGACUUUUGCAAUGGUCUUCUUGAUGAGUUGCAAGCUACGUGAUGUGCUUAUGACAAAACCAUACGAACUCACAUUUAGAGAAAUGGGUGAUCCUGGACCUCGAGAAGCGAAGCUUUAUCACCUGGAGCACAUUCUGUACGGGAAGCUGAUCUACAUAUUACGGUCUUCCGAAGCGCUGAUUAGCUAUUCGCAAUAUAAAAUGAAAAACAUUAUAUAA